GCUUUAGACCACAGUAUUGUCAGUACUGCAGUGUAGUCGGAUGAUAAGGUAUAAUAGAUUAAACACACAAACACGUGUUUGGCUUUGGAUGGCCCAUACGAGUACCAAGAAUACCUACAAACCAUAAAGAUCUAAUGUUUAAUUUAAUUAUCUUAAAUAUAAAUCUUGUGCGAAUACAUAAAUCGGUUAAGACUCAAGGCAAUACUAUAGCCUGCAAUGCCUGCAUAGUAUAAUAUUCCAUAAAAUAUUAAAAUAUAAAUUACAAUGUACAUUUUGCAAUCGUUUAACUGUGUAAAUGCCAAAUAAUAAGCUUGUUGACUUUUUAUUUAAAUUUUCUCGGUUCUUCAUACCACCACAGUGUCUACCAUAUACCACUACACAAUACAAAUCCAGAUUCACCUAACACAGUAUACUAUGGUUGGUAAUGGUUAUAAGAAACCAUGUAGCAACAAUACAACAUCCAAAAAUUAAGAUUUAUAAAGUUCUUAAAAUAGAUUAAGAAAAACAUGGGCUUUAAAGAUGAUUUUGUAUCAAAUAUUAAAAGAAAUGAAAUCCGCCACCGCAAGAAAGAAAAGAAAACUAAAGAUAUUACUACUAAUACCUAUCCUUCAAAAACUUCAUUGGAUGAUGAAGAAUUUACAUUUUUGUUGAAAAGAAUUGUAAACAAAUUAAGAAAAAAGAAAAAGAAAUCAAAGAAAAUUAAAUAUGAAAAAGUGUCCAAUCAUAUUGACAAUGAUGAAGUAAAAUGCAGUGUAUGUAAACAAUUAUUUUCGAAAACCUAUAUUGCUAUUCAUAUGCAAUCUCAUAAAACUUUUUAUAAUUGUGAUAUUUGUAAUAAGAAUUUCUCUUACCUUUCAAUAUUUAAUAGACACAAAGCAACUCACAAAGUUGAUAUGAUAGUAUAUGAUUGUAAAUUAUGUAAUAUUAAAUUUAGAAAUCCUAGUGAUUUAUCCAAACAUGAUAAUAUUUUUCACGAAGAAGAAAGUAUAAAAUGUCUAUUUUGUUUUAAAAAAUUUAAGCAAUUUAAUGAUUUUUUGAACCACAUUAACAUGUACUCUUUUGACAAACCCUCUCAAAGUUUAACUGAUCACAUAAAAAUACACAGUGAAGGCAUACAUUGUUCAUCAUGUUGUACUUGUAAAAUGAGUUUUGCAAAGCGUGAUACAGUUAUAAAAUAUACCAUAUAAUACAUUUCAUCAAAGAACUAUUAUAAUUUUUCCAUUUAAAGACAAUACAUUAUAUCAUGUUUAAAUAUUCAGCUACUUAUUUUAUUUUAUUUUAAAAUUUAUUCAUUUAUACACUGAUUUAUUUAUUUCAAAUCAUUUUUUUUUUUUUUUAUAAAAAUGUAUCUAAAUUAUCAUUUAUAUUAUUAUAUUUAAGUUUUCAUUCAAAUAUGCAAUACUUUAUUUUUAAAAAAACAAUAUUAAAAUAAAUAAAAAAUCAAUAUUCCUAAUUGAAAUGCUAAUGUGAAAAAAAUCUUAGUAAUUAGUUACAUAAAUAAAAUUGUUUUUAAUAUUUCUGACUUCUGUAGUUUUUAUUCAAAAAUGCAUUUUUAAGGGAACUUGUAAAGUAAAAUUUGAGAAUUAAUAAAUAAACUUAGUUCAUACUGAUCAUGGUUUGUUCUGUACUCCCUAUGGCCUAUACCCAAUGUGGAAAAACUCCAAAAUAGAUAAAACUUAUAUUUUUAGAUCACAGUAUGUACCAAAUAGUUUAAUGUUUAUAAUGAGGUUUUUCUCUUUUUAAACUCAUACAAUUGAAAUAACAAGUUACACGUAAAAUAUAAUAUGUAUUAUAUUUAUC